AAGGGCUUUGCAUCCUAUGCUUCCCCGUCUUCACAAGAUGAAGAUAUCAAAGAAUUUGCAGGGAAGCUAUUCUGACUGUAAUUGGUUUUUCCCGCUGGUAGUUAGGAUCUUAGUGUAUAAAAGCAUAGCAGAUUUUUUGGAUGCAUUAUUCUUUGAAGUGUAAAUAUUUGCUACUGUAAUACUUGAGGGAUGUGUUUGUCCCGGUGGUUCUACCGUGAAGGAAAAUUAUAAAAUGUCAUGAGUGAGACUAUUUUUCUGGUUAUAAAAUGUUGCAAGAGAUUUGA